AGUGCCCGAGCGAGCUGGACCGACCACCAAAUGAAGCAUACUACUGUAGCGUAAGGCGUGCGAAAUGCGCUGGCGGCCGCCAGUGCGAUGGACUACGGCACUAUCGGCGCAGAUCAGAAGCCUGUAGUCCGAUCUGCUGCUGAUUGUGCGCCUUUUCGGCGGGCGCCAGAGCCAGACGGCGAGCAGAGGCGCACGCUGCUAGCAGUCCGAGCUCUCACGUGCGUCAGUGCAGCCGCGGAGGGGUAUGAUAUCGGAAUGGUCAGCGGCGUGCUCGUGCUCAUCAAGGAGUCGCUGGACCUCGACAAGGUUGGCGCCUCCGCUUUCGUCGGCGUCUUCGGCUUCGCGUGCGCACUCGGCGCGCUGGCAGGCGGCCGUGUGGCGGACCUCCUUGGGCGGAAGCUGGGACUGGCCACCACCUACGCCCUCCUCGUGGUCGGGAGCGUGCUCCUCGCCCUCUCCACGGGUGUCGUCUCCGCCGUGGCCGGGCGGGUGCUCCACGGCGCUGGCGUCGGGGCCGGCUUCGUCUGUGUCAGCCUCUACCUCUCGGAGCUCUCCCCGGCGCACAGCCGCGGCGCCAUGGUGGGCCUCGAGGCCUUCUUCCUCAACGCCGGUAUGCUGGCCGCGGCCGGGGGGAACUACCUGGUGCUGGGCUCCACGGGCUCGAGCGACUCCGACUGGCGGCUCAUGGUGCUGCUCUCCGCGGUGCUCCCGCUGGCCUGCGCGGCGGCCCUCCUGGCGUGCGGCGGCCUGCCCGAGUCGCCCCGGUGGCUCCGCCUGCAGGGGCGGACGCGCGAGGCCGUGGAGGCGCUGAGGCGCGUCUGCGACGAGGCGGAGGUGGAGAGGGCCAGGGCGUCGUGGUCUCUCGCAGAGGCAGACCCGGCGGCGGGCUGGCUCGAGGUGCUCAGGCCGACGGCGCCGCGGAAGAGGAGGGCGCUCGUGAGCGGCGUCGGCGUCGCGAGCCUGCAGAUGCUCAGCGGCGAGACCGUGAUAAUCUACUACAGCAGCCUCAUCCUGUCCGCCGAGAUGGGGCGCAGGGAGGCCUUCUCUGGGUCCCUGGCGAUGAUCCUGGCGAAGCUGGCGCUGCUCGCCGUGCCCCUGGCCCUGGUGGACCGCGUGGGGCGGCGGCCGCUCCUGCUGGCCAGCAGCGGCCUCAUGUCGGGGGCCAUGGGCCUGCUGGGCUGCUGCUACCUCGCGCGCGCCGCCGCCUGGCUCAAGGUGCUCGCCCUCUGCGCGUGCACCGGGGCCUUCUCCGUGGGCCUCGGCUGCGUCGUCUACGUGUACGUGUCCGAGGUCUUCGGCAGCCGCGAGCGCGCCAAGGGCAGCGCCCUGGCCUUCUUCGUGUCCCGCGUCGUGAACGGGCUGGUGACCAGCGCCUUCCCGUUCGUGGAGGCGGGGCUGGGCAUGGCGGGCGCCUGGUUCGGCUUCGCGGGGGUGCUGCUGGCGGGCGUCGGCUUCGUCGCCGCCUUCGUCGAGGAGACCAGCUGCCGGCCGCUGGAGGACAUCGACGCGUCCGAGGCCCCCUCGCCGGGCUGAGCUGCGCGGCGGCGAGGCCAGGCGGGAAACGGCGGCGGCUCCCGAGCUCGCACCCCGCUCCCCCUGUCGCUUUCCUCGCCCCCCUGCCCCGACCCUC